AUGGCACCCAAGAGGCGGUCUGGUAGGGCGGUGAAGACGGUGGUGACCACCACGAAGGUGGUGGAAGAGACCGUCAAGGUGGUGGUGGGCCCCAACGGAGACGAAUCCGAGCCGGUCGAGCUACUCUCCUCCUCCACCAAAGAGAACCGGGACAUCAUAAUCACCGAACCGGUUUCCAAAACCGUUCCGGUUCAGGAAAAGCCAGAUCAGCAAGAGGAAGCGGACAUCGGAGACGACGAUGACGAGACCCAGCCGACAUCCCAGCCGGAAGUCACCCCGGCGCCUCCGGAACCGGCCGCCGGAGCUCAAAAACCGGUCGGACCGUCUACCCCGCGCGAGGACCGGGAAAAGAUGAAGAAGAAGCAGAAGGUGGCCGGGAAGGAGAAACCGGCCGCCGCCGCCGCCGCCGCCGGCGGAGAGGGGAGGAAGAGGAGGCGGAGGAGGGGCGGCGGGGGGCCGGAGGGGUACAAGAGGUACGUGUGGAAGGUGAUGAAGCAGGUGCAUCCGGAGAUGGGGAUGUCGUCAAAGGCAAUGACGGUGGUGAACAACCUGAUGGUGGACAUGUUCGAGCGGCUGGCGGAGGAGGCGGCGCGGCUGCAGGGGCACGCCGGCCGGAAAACGAUGUCGUCCAGGGAGAUUCAGGCGGCAGUCAAGCUUGUCCUGCCCGGGGAGCUCGGGAAGCAUGCCAUAGCUGAGGGGACUAAGGCUGUCACUAACUACGUUUCCUAUGUUGCCUGA